CUGCCUAGGCAACCGCAGAGGCAUGCAUUCGCAGGAAGGAGGGCCCGUCAGCCGCACAGACCGCUCCGGAGUCAGCAGCGGGGACCUGAGCGCCGUCCUGCUCGCUGCUGGGGGGAAACACGGACCGGGCUGCCGCGGAUAGAGGAGACGCUCCCAUCGGCACGUUGAAGCCGAGCUCAUCUUCCUGAAGCUGCACCCGGAGCAGAGACCGAUUCUAGCUUCUGCAGAGACCUGUGGUUUCCCUCACCACCUACAGGAUGCACAUGAAUAAUAUGUUAAAUCAGUGGACAGACGUCUCCAGGAUGUGCGAUGUGGACUCGUCCUCGGAGCCCAGCAGCCCCACCCUGUACGGCGAGUCGUCAGACAGGUACUACCAUGUGGACCGCUGGCAGAAGCUCCGCACGGCCGUACGCAAGCUGGAGUUCUGGGAAAACUUCCGAGCUGAACUCAUCGGGAGCGGAUUCUUCUCCAGAGUCUACAAGGUGAUUCACAGCACUACGCGGAAGGUGAUGGUAGUGAAGAUCUACAAAAAUGAUGUGGACCAAGACAGCAUCGUGCGAGAGAUCAGCCUGCUGCAGAAGCUCUCUCACCCCAACGUUGUCAGGUAUCUGGGUAUCUGUGUGAAAGAAGACAAACUGUACCCCAUCUUAGAGUACGUAAACGGCGGCUGCCUGGAGGAGCUUCUGGCCAGGAAAGAUGUUCCCCUGUGCUGGAGAGAGAAGGUGGACCUGGCCUGUGACAUCAGCAGAGGAAUGAUCUACCUGCACUACAAGAACAUUUACCACAGAGAUCUGAACUCAAAGAACUGUCUGGUCCGAGUGACUCCUCGGGGCUGGGAGGCCUUGGUGACAGAUUUUGGGUUGGCGAGGGAAGUGGUGGAGCUGCCUGUGAAGGAUCCCGGCAGGAAGUUGUCAUUGGUGGGCUCGGCCUUCUGGAUGGCCCCCGAGAUGCUCCGAGGAGAGCCCUACGACCGCAAAGUGGAUGUUUUCUCCUUCGGCAUCGUUCUGUGUGAAAUCUUGGCCAGGAUCCCAGCCGACCCAGAGAUCCUCCCCAGAACCCAGGACUAUGGGCUGGAUGUGAAGGCGUUCGGUGAGCUGGUUCCUGACUGCCCACAGCGCCUCCUGGAGUUAGCAGCCAGCUGCUGCAUGGUGGAGUCGUUCCGGCGCCCGGCCUUCACAGAGCUGCUAGAUGAGCUGAGCGAAGCUGCGGAGGGCCUGGAGCCGCCACCGAAGCCCGACCUGACGGCCCGCUGAGCAGGGGGUGUCCGGCAGCAGGGAUUAUUGAUCACAGUGGAGACAGGAAGCCAAAGUGAAGGGGAGUUUAAAGAAGGCGGGCCUGAUUGUUGAUGCUUCCUGUUUUCUCACUCAGCACCAGAGGCUCAACUUGUCUAUUCUGAGAGCGGUUAGCCAAACCGCGGCUUCCCUGAACGCUUUGCUAACGUGGCUUCUGGGUGAUCAGUGUUACUCUUCGAGGUAGAUCCAGUUUCAUUUCCUGACUCAGAGGUUUCCUCCUCCUCUUCCUCUUCAUACGCGCCUCGUCCUGCUUGUCGCCGCCACUCACUUGGAAUCAACGACACAGAUCAUCCGAUCUGCAGAUUGGUUUUGGUCUUUGUGUCUGCUUUAGUUAUUCUGUUUUCCGUACUUCGUUCAGCAACGGACUCCAAACGGCUGCAGACAGCCGAGGGCCCUCAGACUGACCGUCGUGUUCAAGGCUUUUGAGAGCUUGUCUCAGUUUUACAGAAAAUAUCCUUUCUACAUUUGCACAGAAAAAAACAACAGACCACAAAGUGUGCAGACCCUUUUAGAGUGAAAAGAAAAAGUGAGACCAACAAAUCAUUCCAAAACCUUCCCAGCCUUUAAUGUGACAGUUCUAAAUGAUAAUUUAACUGAAUAAACACGUCAAUAAAUCUAUUUACUUGUUAUUGAUGCAAAACAAAGUAAAUCCACGUCCCACAUCAAUAAUAUUGAUAUUGAUACCAAUAUGGAUACUUUUUAUUAUGUAGGCUUGAUAUAUCAUCAAACUUUUGACCUUAAGUUGUUUUUAUGUUUCUUUUGAACUAUUUUGUAAAAACCUUGGACAGAAUUUUCGGCCCACCUCUAGUGUUCACAAUAUUAGAAUAAUAAUUUGCUUUCAUUUCAGCAUUUAUCCUUCUUUGGUAGAAGCUUGCAGGGAUUUUACACAUGACUUUUCAACAAAGUUUCUACAUUUCUUGGCAAAACAAGCUGGAGAGGAAAUCAGUUUUCAGACUGUGAGGAUCUCUUCAGGUGACCCAACAAGUUUUCUGUCAGAAUUAGUUCUGCUCUCUGAUGCCAGAUAUUAAGUUUUUCUCUUAUGAAGUAAUUUUUUACAUUUAUUUGAACAUCUGCUUGAACCCUGUGUGAUGCUGAAAAAGUAAAAUCAGUUUUCAUCUCCAGCUUCAUGAUAAGCGCCUGGAGGGGUUGCAUGAAAACUGAAUGAUAUUUAAAACUGUUCAUGAAUUCCUCCACAUUCAUGAAAAUAUGAACUCCAGGGCAUGAUGCUGCCGCCACCAAGCUUCACUGGUGUUCCUCUGGAGAUGUGAAAUGCACCAGAUGUGUUGGUUUAGCAGUUGAACUGCACAGGAAGUACUGGAAAUUAUAUUAAAGACAUAAAAGGUUCAUUGUCUAAUUUUGAAUCCUCUAACAGGGGUGUGUAAACAUUUUAUGGCUUGAUUGGAGAAAACUGUCAUAGUGAGGCAUAAAUAGAUUUUAAAUCACAUUCUUGCUUUGACUCCAGCAUACCCAGACUGUCUGUAACCUGUUGCUUUUAUAUAUUUCUUUGAUAUUUUUAAACAUGCUUGGAUCUGAACAUGUGUUUGAAAAAACCUGAGCUUUCUGUAUGCUUUCUGUUCCUGUGGUCCAGUUCGGUUUUCCAUGCUAUCAGAAUUUCAAGGCAGCUAAAAUGCAACAGCCAGAUAGUUUCAUUAUUCCUGACAUCAGCCAGACUUUUGUGAUGGAACAAAUAAAGUGAAAUUCUUUGUCUA